AUGAUGGCGGCGGCGGGAUGCGGAUCAGCAACCGCGGCUGCCGUAGGAGGCCAAGGUGGAACCGCUACGGCCAGAGGUCGUUUCCCCGGUCGGCCUUGGUCGUCACGCAGUCGUUUGCGAUCAGAGAAACGAUGGCAGCUCGGACGGUCCGGUUCCGAGCCCGAUGAUGUGACUAACGGAGGGCCAAGGCCCGCGAACCUGGUGCUGUCGUUAAACGAAGACCAGCCUCACUUGCGCUUACUCGGGAUAGAAGCGAGCCACCAGACCCUCGACCAGGCUGGAUACAGCUCCAGUGGGAGCGAAGAGGUGAGGUCCCAAACCGAACCAGGAGGAGACGACUUCAGAGGGUUUGAAGCUGAGAGAAAAGGCUCCAAAGGACCUGUUUGGUCGCGACAAAACCCUUCUAAAGGUGAUGCUGUCAACACAAAAUCUAAACGUCAAAGUGAGAAGCUACAGCUUAAAACGCCAGCAGUGGAGGCAGAUAUUACCCCACCUGAUCCCGUGAAGGAUGUAAAUUCUUUGGAGAAAACACACUGCUUAUCUCCUGAAGCAGAGCCUGCAAAGGACUGCCGAAAAGGUUCGAAAGGAAAAAACACUAUGGAUCGACAGUCCACUAAAAGCGGAGCCACAGCAGCAGCACCAAGGAUUACUAUAAAGUUGGUGGCCAAAAAGAAAAUUAAAACGGCAAAGGAGCCUCAUAAAAAAUCUGCGAAGAAGUUGAAGUUUAAGGGGAUCCAGGAUCAGCCUAAAACCGAAGACAUUCAGGGCGACCAGAUUUCAAGUGCUCACGUCAAAUUAAAAACUGAACCACAAGAGGAUAACCAUGACACUGAAGAUAAGGGAGGGGGGACUGUACCUGCAAGAAGGCGUGGGAGAUCUGCUUCAAAGACAGCAGAGCCUGUCUGCCAGACUAGCGCCAAAGUGGUGGUUGAUGACCAAAAAUCAAAAGAAAGAAAAUCACCCGAUCAAUUCAACACUGUAAAGGAGAGCGGCACUGUGCAGCCAAAAACGAAUGCAAAGAAAUUAAAGCAGAAGGAAAUUGUGACCGAACAAAGUUCUGAGGGUAAUCGACAAGUAAUUCGUAGGAGCAAUAGAGUCACUAACCCACUCCCUAAAAAAAUCGCAGACAGUGCUGCUGAACCAGAAAGUCUAAGUAACAGGGAUGCCAUUCCGGUGGAGUCAAAGCCAGAAGUUUCUCAAACAAUGGAGACAAAACCAUCAGCGAGAAGUGACGGACGAAGGCAAAGCAAGAGGCUGAAUAAGGGUGCUACAGGACCAGAAAACCGUGGUUCAUCAUCCACAGAGGCUGAUCAUUUAUCUGAAAAAAGUGACAGUUUGCCUUUGAAAAAUGAGGAAAUGCGGGUCCCAAGUUUAAAGCUGAUGAAGAUCAGAAACCCGAAAUUUGAUGCACAGGCCAGUGAGAAGACCUCAACUCGAAAGAAAAGGCAUAGAAAAAAAUUUGUCUGGACUUUAACAUUAGUAAAGAGCGAAAGUCAUAUAAAGGGUGCUGAAAACACUGUCAAAGUAACAGAGAAGACUUUGAGUGAAGUGGAUCAGGCCACACCUUGUGACACCAGUGUCAACAAGAGUUUGAAGGCAGUGGAUAAAACAUCUAAACAAGAUAACUCAGCCCCACAAGAGAGUCAAAUCUUGGACAAUAAUGAGAAGGAUCCCCAAAACAGGGCCGAUGUUUCAUUUGAGGAAAAGUCAACUUUACAGGUGGAAGUUGAAGUGGAACACGUAAAUGAAACGCCUCCACAGGCAAUGCCUAAAACGGAUUGCGGGAAAGUUCCACCUCUUCAGAUCAAAAAGGUCUCCUCUCCUGGUAAAAAACGUAAAAGCUCAAAGCCCUCCUUUUUGAUUCAGCAAGUUAGCCCUGUGUCUGAAAAUAAAGAGGAUGUUCUGAAAGAUCUGAAUGACGUUAAUGAGGACGAAUCAUCAAGUCUGGAUACUGUAGGCACACCAACUACGAGACUAAGGCGGAGGACACCAAGCUUUGAUUCAUCUCAAACAAAGUCUGUCAGUCAUAAACCAGUGACCACACAGAAACGGAGGCUGAGACCAAGUCCACAGAAUACAGAUCCACCGCAGGAGCAAGUUGAAGAUGCUGUCCAGGCAUCAAUUGAAGAGUCCAGCUCACAUGAUCUUCCUAAAAAUCCCUUGCAGGAUUUGGCUGAGGACCCCUCAGACCCCUCACAGGUGACCAAUGUAAACUCCACUGAAGUUCCUGAUGAGGAUUCCUCAAAAACAGCUGACGAUCCCUCACAGGUGCCAGUUGAAGUUUCCCCACAGAAGGUGGAGAAGGUGGAGAAUGUGGUAGAGCCACAGAUCAGAGAGGCCAAACCAUUGCCUGUGCCUUCCAAACCUAGAAAAUGUAGAAAUAAUAAACUAGGAAAAAAGAGGUCUGUUCUAAGCAAGACGCCUGUUGUCACACCUGAAACUGCUGUCAGCACAGAGUUGGCUACUGUUGAAGCUACUAUCACAGAGUCUGUUGUAGUAACCGAAGUAAGUCAGUCAGAAACAAAAGAUUGUACCCAGCCUGAGGCGAAACAGGACACCGUGUCAGUGGAAGAAGAGCAGAUAUUACCACAGGUAAAAGAGGAAACCGACAUUCAGCUAAUAGAUAGUCAUCAUUCUUUGGCGCCAGAAAGUCAAGCAAGUGAUCCAAAAAGGCGGUGCCCCAGAAAGAAAUCUCUCAGAAAAGGAAAAAAGAAGCGUAAAAAUAUGAUUGGGCAGCGUCAGAAACACAGGCACAGGAGCAGAGAUGGGAAGUUUGCUCCUCUUAAAUACAGUCAGGAUAUGGUUGAGGGGGAUGGUGACAUUUCUCACCCUGUGGAAGCUGCAUCACCAACCCCAAGCGCCAUGCUUGUUGGAGUACACAAAAAACACAGAAAAAGACCAUCAGGCCUUCAUUUUAUGGGGUCCAAAAGGCCAAAACCAACAUCUAAAAUAAUUUCUCAGCUGAUGGAAAUGGGGCUCAAUGAUAGUUUGAAGCAGGAAGAAACAGACACGUUAGUCGAUGGGAGACAAGCAGAUGUCGAUGCCCAACCUGGUAAAUCAAAGUUUGUGAAAAACAUCAAGCACUUCAUUAUGCCUGUUGUAAGUGCCAGAUCCUCACGGGUGAUCAAGACCCCGCAAAGGUUUAUGGAUGAUGCUGGAAUGUCAAUAUUGCCUCGAAGAAACUCACCAAAGAAAGGUUUCCAACUGGGCCUGCAAAUGCGCCCAGGAAAGAGGCGAGAUGAUGGGAUGGGCAGAGCAAUAUCCCCCAUCCUGCCGAUUGACGAAGAGGACAUAUUGAGUGAAGCUCAGUUGGAUGUGGAUCUGUUUUCAUCUCAGGAACUGGAUGACGACAUUGAUAUAGCUGACAGCCUAUUUUCUGACAGGAUAAGUGGCAAAAUUGAGAGGAAGAAAUCUCUUCUAAAGAACUCUAAUUUCAAGUGGCAUGUGCCAGAAGAGUCAAGCGAUGAAGUGUACACACUGGACAAAACUUCAGAGGACAAAUGUGAGGAUCUGUAUUUAUCUACACCACUUGAAAAGCGCACAGAAGUAUCUACUGAACUGCUGGAGGCCCCGAAAAAGAAAAGUUCCCUGAAGUUUAACAAACAAGCGGCUCAGCUCAAGAUUUUUCAAAGGCUCAAGAAGGCACACAGAGGACUUCCCAAAAGCAGAUACACAACCGAGACGGAGUUUGUGAGUAAACAUCCGCAGCCUCCGGUUGAUUUAGCAGAGGGACUCGACGAUGAGGCCAUGAGCAUCAGCCUUAGGCAACGGAAUACAAACACAGAAAAGGACAAAUCCAAGCUCAAGAUAGAAGACCUUGACUCUCCUGGAGUGGUCAGAAAAGUCUCUGUGUGCGUUAGGACUAUGAACUCCAAGUCCCUUUUAUUUCUGCACGGUGGAAAAGAGGGUUUAGCGGGGAAAGACACUGCCAAGCUUCACUCAGGAGAGCUGCAAUCAAAACAGAACUCAGGCGCAGGUGAAGGCGAUUAUCUUGGAUCGGUGGAGAAGGGAGCAUCACAGAGGGCGCGACUCACUGGUGCAAAUAAAAGGAUGUUCAAUCUCCUCAGGAAAGCCAAGGUCCAGCUCAUGAAGAUUGACCAGCAGAAACAGCUAAAGUCGUCCGGGCUGUUAUCGGGCCCGACUGGUGCCAGAUCUCGAGAUGUCACCUCAAAGAGACAAAGGAGGAAGCAGAGGGUUCAGCUUGAUGCUGAUGUUCCAGUGAAGACAGAGCCACCUCAAGGACAACAGCAGCUCAUCUCCCCGCUGUGCCAGGAGUUCCGUAGAGCAGGAGGUCCACGUAUCAAGCACGUGUGUCGUGCUGCAUCCGUGGUGCUUGGGCAGCCUCGAGCCUUGGUACCAGAUGACAUUCCCAGACUUAGCGCCUUGCCUCUGCAUGAAAGAACUGGCAUUUCCCCUUCAGCCAUCCCUAAAGAUAUUGGUUCUCACUCGGAAUCAGACAGUCCGGGGUUGUCAGAUCCAAAGUUCAUCAAGGCCAAGAAGCCGUCAAACUUUGCGAAACGGAAAGGACUCGGGCCAUUUGGGUAUCGCUCUCGGAGGUGUGGCGUCUGCAAAGGCUGCAACCACGAGGACGACUGUGGCAAGUGCAUGAACUGCCUUGACAAACCCAAGUUCGGUGGCCCCAAUACCAAACGACAGUGUUGUGUGUAUAAGAGAUGUGAUCAAAUUGAAGAGAGAAAAGCACGCAGACUAAGUGGAAGAACAGCACCGAAAGGUGCCUCUAAGCGACGGCGAUCCUCUCUCAGUGUGGGUCAUUCGAGUAAUGAUGAAGGGAACGAGGGUGGUGCCGAUUCACCAUCUGGUCUCCCGGGUGACGGCCACAGUCCAUCUGUAAGGAAGCAGCCAAAGCGUGUUGUGAAACCCCGCGUCUACUUUGACCUGGUGGACUACGAAUCCGAUCUAGAUGACAAAGCUAUCUCAAGCUCUGCCUCACCAGCCAGGAGACGGGGCGCUGGAUCCCGUUUCAGUCAAGACUUUGUGUCACUGGACGGAUUCCUUGGAGACAUUUCAGAUGAAGAAGUCCGUCAGCGAAAGUCCAGUUCACACCGUGUACCACCUGCUCGACGUAAACCUGAGAAGGGUGCUUUGGAGCAGACUCCCCCCAGUGUCUUGGCCGCACUUGCCCAUGGUUUUGAGCAGAGAGACACCGAGUCUUCUAAACCUACUCAUAAAAUCAGGGUUGACUUCAAGGAGGACUGUGCUUUGGACAACGUCUGGAAUAUGGGAGGUUUAAGUAUAUUGACCUCUGCGCCGCCCAUGCCACCAUAUGUCUGCUUCCUUUGUGCCAGUAAAGGGCAACAUGAGAUGCUGCAUUGCCAAGUAUGCUGUGAGCCCUUCCACCAGUUUUGCCUUGAUCCAGCGGACCGCCCCUCUGAAGAGAACAAGGAAAACUGGUGCUGUCGUCGCUGCAAGUUUUGUCACGUGUGCGGCAGGAAAAACAAGCACUCAAAGCCGUUGUUGGAGUGUGAACGAUGCCAGAACUGCUAUCAUACUUCCUGUUUGGGACCCAACUAUCCAAAACAAAACAAGAAGAGGAAAGCUUGGGUGUGUAUGACAUGCAUCAGGUGUAAAAGUUGUGGUGUCACACCCGGGAAGAGUUGGGACACUGACUGGAACCACGACAAAGGACUCUGUCCAGACUGUUCAAAACUCAAUGAACUGGGUAACUACUGUCCAAUCUGCUUCAAGUGCUAUGAGGACAAUGACUACGACAGUCAGAUGAUGCAGUGUGGCACCUGUAACCACUGGGUACAUGCCAAGUGUGAGGAUCUAACAGAUGAGCUGUAUGAGAUCCUGUCCAGCUUGCCAGAGAGUGUCGUGUAUUCAUGCCGGCCAUGCAGCGUGACCCAGCCCAGUGCUUGGAGAGAGCUGCUCUAUAUUGAGCUCAGGUCUGGGGUGGAAAAGGUGCUGGCUUGCUUACUCUCCUCCACCCUUACCCAGCACCUUGUUGCCUGCUCACAGUGUGAGAAGUUGGUUGAUCCUGACAGUGGAAUAGAAGGACAGCCAGCCUGUGACCUCCGAGCUGUUGGCAAGAAGUUUGACAAAGGCCUUUAUACUACGUUGAAAAUGUUCCAUGAAGAUGUGGUUCAGGUUGUGCGAAAGAGGCUUGAGCAAGAGGAGAAUCUUCCAGAAGAGCAGAGGCCUACUGCCCUGGCCCGCUCUUACUACUUAAAGCUCCUCGAGGAAGUAUUUAAUUGGUUCAACAGCCAAGACCCAAAGGUGUGGAACUCAUGUACCAAAGACUUACCCAUGGGUAUGCUGUCCCAAGCUGUUCAUCCUCCAACAACUGAGCAUGUUUACGCCCAGUGGCAGGAGAGAGAGGAGCUCUCAUCUAGGGCUCCCCUGGGGCUCCUGCAGGACGACAACGGACAAAGCUUAAUUGUAAAGGAGGAAGAAGCAGUUUCUCCAUUGCCUGGGGAGCCAAUAAGCCAGAACUUCUUCAAAACCAGCAGGGCUGUCAGGUUCAAAUUCAAAGGGAAAAGAGGCCGCCUUUCAAAAGCCGAUUUAGACACUGGAUGGUCUAAAGAUGAUGAGAGACAGUGCUCUUUGUGCCAAAAAUAUGGAGACCUCAAACCUAAUGACGCAGGCCGGUUGCUGUACUUGGGCCAGAAUGAGUGGGCACAUGUCAACUGCUCUCUGUGGUCAGCUGAGGUGUUUGAAGAGGAUAAUGGCGCUCUACUACAUGUACACAGUGCCGUCACAAGGGGCCGAUUGAUGCGUUGUGAGCGCUGCAACCAGACGGGUGCCACAGUGGGCUGUUGUCUGACAUCUUGUCAAAGCAACUAUCACUUCAUGUGUGCCCGCUCCCGGCACUGUGUGUUCCAGGAGGAUAAGAAGGUCUAUUGCUACAAACACCGACAUCUCAUCAGUGGCAAGAUGGUAACGGGUCAGGAAUUUGAAGUUAACCGCAGGGUGUAUGUGGAUUUUGAGGGGAUUAGCUUCCGCAGAAAAUUCUUGACUGGACUGGAACCAGAAUUAAUCAACGUGAUGAUUGGUUCCUUACAGAUUGAACAACUGGGUGUGCUCACAGAACUUUCGGCUAGCAACGGAAAGCUGUUUCCUGUGGGUUUUCAGUGUACUCGUUGGUACUGGAGUACAGUUAAUCCAUUGCGCCGGUGCAAAUAUACAUGUACAGUGCGGGAGGUUCGGCCAGUUGUCCCUGAGAAGCCUGUUGAGGAGAUGCCUAACCAAGGAGACAAUAACACAAUUGCUCACAGUCCCUGUCCACUAUCUGACUCUGAAGCCCAAGAGAAUGAUAUAAUGGAAUCCCAACCCCCAACUGAGGAUACCUUUAUCCCAGGACCUACCCUUAAGUACGAUCACGGUGCAAGGCCAAAGAAUCCCAGGAGACCAGCUGGAGGAAUGUCCCGACCCCUGCCAUCCCCAGGAGUAAUCCAGUUGAAACCCCACCACAUAUUAACCAUAAGUGAUCUGGAUGAAACGCGAAGGGUCCUUCGCCAAAGCAACUCUCAACCAGCAGGCCUCCACAGUCACAUACCCCCCCCUCCUCUGGGUCCUCUAACUGGGCCGAUAACUCUCCGUGCUGGAAAGACUUCCCUUCCCACUUCCCCGCUGCUCCCACUUGGUGCUCCAGACAACCUGAUAAAUUGUCCAUCAUCCCGCUCAGUUGGAGUUAGAAGUGCGUCCUCAGUCCGAUGCCCUGGGAGUACAAUGACCCAUUGUUCCUCAUCUUUGUUUCCUCAGUCAUCCUGGCAGGAAGGUGCAGCAAGCUUUCCAUCACCAAGUCUGUCUUUCUCUCCGACCAUACAACUACCCAGAAAUCGAUUGACGUUUGAUCUGAACCAGUCAGACUCAGUCGAGGUGCCACACAACUUCUUAGCUUCACCAGAACCUGAAGAUGUCUCUCCAGCAAACGGUACAUCACCACAGGGGGAUUUAGACCAACAGAAGGAUGAAGGAGAAUUUCCCUACAGUUCAUUCCACAAGGAUCCCAAUAUGAGUCUGGCCCAAGAGAUGAGGACAGAGCUGGAGAUUGAAGAGACACUCCUGAAUGAAGGUGUGGCAAUGAACUGUGGGGGACAAAUAGUGGUGGAAGGUGACGAUCAGGAGGAAUUUUGGGGAAAAUCCCAAGAGGUACACAAAAGGAAGACUCUCGUUGCCAACCUGCCACGGUCUGGAGCGUCAGCCAGGGAUGACUUAAGCAACACCUCUUCUGAUGAUGAUAUGGAGCACUAUUUUGACUUUUCAAGGACAAUAGUCAGCUGUCCCGGGUCAAAAGAUCAUUCCAAGUCUCCCUCCUCCCCUUCCUCCCGUCCAAUGGCUCAGCUAGAUGGUGUAGAUGACGGUACGGAGAGUGAUGCAACCAUAGCGGCCAACGAUGACGCUCAGAAAGUUGAGGGUUGUAGUCGAGCUCAGAUACAAGCCAAAACCCUAAAUAGUAAAAAUGCCCCUGAAUCGAACACUACAAACAGCACACAGGGUGUUCAGAGUCUGUUCCCCAAAGCAUCAUCCAAUGAUAAGCACACAGAUUCUUCUUCAGUUACCGUCUCAGUUGCCAGCAAAUGUCCUACAGAUAGUCCGCAUCAAGAUCCACCUAAAUCCCAUGUUGCCAGUCAUUCAAAUGAGAACAACAUGGGAUUUGUUUCUCCACAAAUUUCCAAAAACUCUCCACUCAAAGAGCAAAGCUCUGACACUCCGUUUAUGCAUCAGGAGACCGUGCUUCCUACUCCAGUCCGCGAUGCUCUGCCUAACUUACUCACAAAGGUGCCUGAGACUUCCUCUUCAGAGGAUUUAUUCCAGGGUUCCAGUUUAGGCUUGGCCUCUGGAACACCUGUUGUUUUUGAGAGAUGUGCCGCUAGUCCCCAUCUAACUGAGAUGGUUCCUUUGCUAGAAGGCACACCGCUUAAGACCCAAAAAUCUGAAGCUCGUAAACCCCUGAGCUCAGAACCUGACAGCAGCCACUCUACUGUGUUGAUUAGCAACAUAACAGCUAAAACAGUGGAACCUUCAUUACCAGAUUCUGCUGAUAACAGUCAGGGCACCAAGCUGGACCUUCUUCAGCCCUCCCCUGUCGUUUCUACAGCUGUACAGAACCCCUCUCAAGGCCUCGUAGACUCUCUGCAGAUGUAUUCCUCUCUACCAGGUUUCAGUCAACCUCCUCUAACAAGUAUCACACUUCAGCCAGUAACAUCCUCACAAGAGUUAACCUUCCCUUCCACGGGCCCCUUGUCUGCUAAACUAACCACCCUCAGUCCUGUUGUAGACGUGACACAAACCCUGCUAAACGUUACCCCUCAUAACGAUCCAGUGCUAUCAGCUAUGUCAGGCCCCUGUCCCCCAUCAGGAACACGUGGAACUGUCUCCCUACCCAUCUACUCCACACAAUCAAAGCCAUUGUGCUCCACAGCUGUCACCAUUGUUUCUUCUUCUGCGUCAAUGCCGUCUCUUUCUGUACUUUCAACGCAAUGUUCAACAGCGCCAACGUCGGUCCAAACCACCUCAACCCCUGUCAUCUUAAAUGGUUACAGCUCUUCAUCUGUGCAGAAGGAAGCUACAUUGGGUCACACAAUCUCCAUCAACUUUUCUACAUCCAGGCCAGCUUUAGAACCUCAGCAGCCAGUGGUUCCCCAGACUUUACCUGGUCAUGCUAUUCUUACUGUGAAGGAGGUGGGAGGUCCCAAUGUAGAUCCUACACCACAUGUCCUGCUGGUGAACCGCCUCGGGCAGAUCUUCGUGAAGAACCCUGAAAGCAACACUUUCCAGCUCCCCACUCCCAGCUCCUCCUCCUACAACUGUGUCACUCAGAUCGCCAGCCUUUUGCAAAGCAAUGCACUGUCAGCCACACUAGCAGCAGCUGGUAAUAUGACUGCUCCAUCCCCCGGGACCAGCGUUGCAGCAGCAGUUCCUGCGCCCACAGUUCAGAAUCCAACUACGAUCACACAGCUGCUAACUCACAAUAGCAACGGUACAGUGACAGCAGUUAAUGUUAAGAAGGCAAAAAAGAGUGCAAAAACACCAAAAGAUGAAACCGGUCUAGAGUUGAAAAAAGCAAAGAAGAAGAAGGAUUCUAGUGCAUCCAGGAAAUCAAAGUCACCCACGGUGUCAGGGCUUCAGCCUGCUACGCCAACUGAGAAUCCUCCCCUGAGUCCUGCUGAAAGUGCCCAAGCAAUUAUCAAUCAAGCAAUGGCGAGUAACUACACCCCCAAGUGGAGUGGGCUUGGAACACUAAGCCCUUCCUCACUGGUUUUACCACCUGACCUACUAGUUGAACCGGAGCCUCCAGUGUUGCCUCGCUCUCCAUCAGUAACACCAACAGCAGCUCCUGCACCCAGACCUCGCACCCAUGUCCGCAUGAAGCGAGUGUCUUCGCUUUCAGACCGUAUUGUCACAAAGAAGUCAAAAGUUGACUUCCUAAAACCGGAGCCCCCCACUGAGGAUGAGGAGCAACGCAGACCAACCUUUCCAAACAUCUCCAGCAGAGCCUCGGGAGUCCGCAUCAAGACCCCAACAGUGAAAGGAGUACUGAACCUGGACCAGUUAAAGGAGGAGCAUAUAAGUGAUUCUGACAGCUUAGGAUCAGAGCCUUGGAAUUUAAUGUCUCAGGGCGAACAAGGCAAACAGCAUGCAUGGGAACCAGUGGGACACAGCACCCUGACAGACUGGAGGAAAUACUCCGGCGCUGCUUGUACCUCAGAUGAUGAGCCACCACUGUCUGACGAGGAUGAGGAAUUUUCAACGAGCAGAGACCAGCCACACUUAAGAUUUGAGAUAGCAAGCGAUGAUGGUUUCAGUGCAGAAGCAGACAGUAUUGAGGUGGCGUGGAAAGCAGUGAUAGACGGGGUGCAGGAGGCACGAGCUAUUGCAAGGUUGAGACCUCUGACCUUUCAGAGGAUCACCGGCGCCCAUAUGCUGGGUCUGGUCCAUGAUGCAGUGGUGUUCUUGCUGGAGCAACUGCAAGGAGCCCACCGCUGUCAACGCCACGCCUUCCGUUUCUUCAAACAGUUCACGCAGGAGGACGACCUCCCUGUCAAUCCCACUGGCUGUGCCCGCUCUGAGCUGUAUCUUAGGAAGUCCACAUUUGACAUGUUUAACUUCCUGGCUUCUCAGCAUAGACAGCUUCCUGACAUUGGGUCUUAUGAUGAUGAGGAAGAUGAAGUUCUUUUGAAAUCCACAAGACGGGCUACCAGUUUGGAGUUGCCCAUGGCCAUGCGCUUCAGACAUCUGGAAAGGACAUCCAAGGAGGCUGUAGGCGUGUACAGGUCUGCUAUCCAUGGGCGUGGUCUUUUCUGCAAGAGGAACAUUGAAGCAGGGGAGAUGGUUAUUGAAUAUGCAGGCAUCGUCAUUCGCUCAGUGCUCACUGACAAAAGGGAGAAGUACUACGAUGGCAAGGGUAUCGGCUGUUAUAUGUUCCGCAUUGACGACUUUGAUGUGGUGGAUGCAACCAUGCAUGGCAACGCGGCAAGAUUCAUCAACCACUCCUGUGAACCUAACUGUUACUCUCGAGUGAUCAACGUGGAAGGCCGGAAGCAUAUCGUCAUCUUUGCUCUUCGGAAGAUCUACAGGGGGGAGGAGCUCACCUAUGACUACAAGUUCCCCAUUGAAGACGCCAGCAGCAAACUCAACUGUAACUGUGGGGCCAGGCGAUGUCGGCGUUUCCUCAACUGAGACAUCCCUCUUAUGAAAAUGGGAGGAUCCUGUGUACUAGUAAGCCCUCAAUUA